CUAUAAUUCAUUUUCACCGGGGUAGAGCGCUGCCACAACUGAGUUACUACAGCUAGGAGAGUUUGAGGACUUGCUCUCCAAGGACUUGCGUUUAGGGCGCACAUCUGACUACAUCUCUUCACUGCAAUUUAUUUUAACACUACUGCACAAACUUUCUGUAUUUACGAAUUAUCGUGGACUUUCUUGUCUAUAGAGGGCUGCGACCCAUGAUGAGUGGACAGAUUUAUGAAAAGAAGAUAGCGAGCAUUUUGACCGAUCUCCCCGGAUCUAUGAGUUGCCAUCCGAGCUCCAAGGACUCUCCGACUCUUCCCGAGUCCUCAGUCACGGACAUGGGCUACUACAGUGGACAAACGACUCACAGCCAUCACGAAUAUUACCAGAGUCAAACAUACGGGCAACAAAUGAAUGCCUACCAUCACCAAUUUAAUCUGAAUGGAAUGGGUGGUGCGGGAGUUUAUCCCACCAAGUCUGAAUACCCUUACACAAAUGCCUACAGACAAUAUGGACAUUACAACAGAGAUAAUCUGCAGGCUUCACCUCAAAGCUCAGGUAAUACUGAACAAUAUUUGAAUUAUUUCUGUGUUAUAUUUUGCCUCAUUUCGAAGUUGACUCACUGAAUUGUUUCCGUGUAUGCGUAAAGAGAGAGAGGAAAGGCUACACACAUACUCUGAAAAAAACAUUAGUGUAGCUUCUUGGGUAGUUUUAUGUUGUAUAGGUUUGCUCUAUCUGAGAAACAUUUGCGUAACAUAUAUUGGUUGACUAUUGCAGUUAAUCGAAAUAGAAGGAGAUAGCAGAGAUAGCGAAAACAAUUAAAGGGCCUGCUCUAUCAUAGUCAUAUUUGGGUUUCAGACAUAUAAUUCAUUUCAACUGUUAAAAUUCUAUUUUCUAUAGGUGGGAUUUAUUACAUGUUACUAUAGAGUAAAACUACAAUACUGAAGUUGGAACCAAUGUGCUGAUUGAUAGCCUUUGAUUAAGAAUAUAGCCAGUUAUUAACAGCUAGUCAUAAACCAUUAUGGUUAGUAAUUGCAGUGAUAGCAACUGUCUGCGAAUCACUUGCCAGAUAUUUAGGUAUUAUAUCAAAUGUUGACCGACUCUUGAGGUUAUUAUAGCAGGCUGAGCAUGAUCGAGACUUUUUCCAUAUCUUUUAGCAUUGCAACAUGGAAAUAUUGCUAUUUCAACUAGCAUAUAACAAUGUAAUAAUGAUAAUAGUAAUAAUAUAUUAUCACAAUAAUAACAUGAAAUGUAUAAUGAUGAUGACUUAUUAUUAUUAUCAUUAUUAUUAUUACAUUGUUUUGGCAUUGUUAAAUGUUUUUCAUAAACUGAUACUGAGAACUAACAAUACAAUUGUUGCUUCUUUCUUUAAAGUGAAAGAAGAACCCGAGCCUGAAGUUCGUAUGGUGAAUGGAAAACCAAAGAAAAUCCGCAAGCCGAGAACAAUUUACUCCAGCUACCAACUAGCAGCGUUGCAGAGACGUUUUCAGAAAGCGCAGUACCUCGCCCUCCCCGAGAGAGCCGAACUUGCUGCUCAACUCGGUCUGACACAGACACAGGUAAAUAUCAAAUUAUUCAUAGGAAGCCUACGCUAUUUUUUCAUUGUAUUGUAAAAAAUAAAAAAUAAAAAUAAAAAGCAUAGUUUAUUAAGAUAUUGCAUUUGAAUAUUGGCAACGACAACAAAAGUUCACACAAAAACGUUUUUUAUGUGUUUUCUUGAGCCAGGUGUGCUUAUAAUGUGGGCCUGUAGGCCUACUUUUAUAUGUAGGCCUAGGCCUGCUGAUGCUAUGAUUGUUUUAAAUGCAGAUGUUUUGUUGAAAAUAAUAUUUUCCUCUUUGAAAACGAUACUAGUUAUUUAGGCUAUUAUCAAAAUUACGAUUUUCAUUGUUUGAACAUGACUUUCAGGCUAAUAACAUCUCUUUCCUAACAGGUCAAGAUUUGGUUCCAAAACCGGAGGUCCAAAUUCAAGAAGCUUUAUAAGAACGGCGAGAUUCCCCUUGACCACAGCCCAAAUGCCAGCGACUCCAUGACGUGCAACUCCCCGCCAUCGCCUACGGUCUGGGACAAUAACUCUCUCACUAACCCGCCCAGCAGGUCCCAGGUCCCGCAGCCGCCCCGCAGCUCGUCGCCCCCCUACCUGGAGGAUUAUAACAACCACUGGUACCAACAGGGAUCGCAUCUACAGCACCCCGGCGCAGUGCAUCACCCAGUACCACAGCAAAGCGUUGGGGCUGUUUAUUAAAAAAGACUAAACAUAGAGUUGUAAUACGAGGCCCUUCCACAUCAACUGAACUUUACAGAGCUCUAAAAAGUAUAAGCUGGCGCUGGCUUGUUUUGGACGUAGACCUGACAAAGGUGAAAGUAGGUAUUUCCCUGAAACGCUGUGUAACCCAUUUUUACUGUAGGCUAGCUUACCUACCACGGGAAGAAUAAUGACAAAACUGUUCAGUUGAUCCAUAUUAAAUCGUGGAUAUGUGUUUGCAGAACAUGAGUCAGAAACUCAGGUCAUAAUUUAUAUAGAUUUGUACAAAAUGUAGAAGGCUGUACAUAGGUGUUAAUAGAAAGCAGAACCACUAAGAUCAUAUUUGUUUGGAAUGGAAAUACCGCACUGUGGUGCUGCGAACCUUUUAUAUUCACGUUGUAAUUAGUAUGUUAUUAUUGCCUUUCUGUCAAAAAGAAUAAAGAUAUCAAUUGAAUA